AUGGGAGACUUUAAUUCUGUGCUACAUGUGGAGGAUAGGAUUGGAGGCAACCAGGUCACACACACAGAAAUAGUGGAUUUUGAGGACUGCUUGGAUGCUUGCGGACUGGUGAAAAUGCCAUCAAAUGGGUGUAAUUACACAUGGACAGAUAAACAGGAUGAUAGGAUAUUUUCCAAGAUUGAUUGGGUCUUUGUAAAUGGUGAUUGGCUAGAUGGGAUGCCAGAUUGUCGAGCUAACGUUUGCCAGAAGCAACCCACAAAGAGGAAACAAGUUUUUAAGUAUGGCAAUGUUUGGGGUAAACACCCAGAAUUUCAAAGGAUAGUAGAAGCUGGUUGGAAUAUAGAAAUUGUAGAGUACAAAAUGUUUCAAGUAGCUCGAAAAUUAAAGUUGCUAAAGAAGCAACUCAAGCUGUUGCAUAAGCAACACUUCAAUAAUAUUGUUAAGGAAGCGCAUGAUGACAGGGCUGCUAUGCUUGAGUGUCAGAUCAGAUUGCAGCAGGAUCCUACUAAUGUGAUUGUGCAGCAAGAGGAGAAGGUUAGAAGGCUGAAAUACAAGGAGUCUGCAAAGAUGGCAGAAAUGUUUCUACUCCAAAGGAUCAAAGCCACUUGGAUUAAGUUGGGGGAUGACAAUACUAAAUAUUUUUUCUCAAUAAUCAAACAGAGGAAACUUGUCCACUCAAUAUGCCAAAUUCGAGAUGAGUUGAACCAAAUACAGACUGAGCCUGAGGUAAUAGAAAAGGUAUUUGUGAGGUACUAUAAGCAGUUACUAGGGGAAACGGGGGGUAUCAGAAGGAAAGCACACCCAGGGUUCUUUGAACAGGGCCCAAGACUGUCUAUAGAGGAGCAAUGUGGGCCGUUGAAAACCUUUACUGAGAGGGAGAUCAGAGAUGCUAUGUUUGGUAUCAACAUAAAUAAGAGUCCAUGA